AUGGACCCCUUCGACGCCGCCAUCGACCUCCUCCGCCGCCUCCCUCCCUCCUCCACCUCUCAAAACCUCUCCGGAAUCAUCUCCCUCCAACCAGCGCUCGAAGAGGACCUCCUCUCCUCGGUAGACGUGACCCUAAAAACCACCCGCUGCCCCACCACGGGCCGCGACUUCCUCUGCUGCGACUACAACCGCGACAACCAAUCCUACCGCUCCCCCUGGUCCAACACCUUCCACCCGCCCAUCGACCCCGAAGAUGCCGCCGACCUGCUCCCCAAAGGCCGCAUUCGCACCAUGGAGGAAGCCCUCAAUGCCGGCGUGGACGUCUAUCGCGAAUUGUACUACGAGGGUGGCGUGAGCAGUGCGUACUUGUGGGAAUUGGAAGAUGGGUUCGCGGGCGUGGUGUUGUUUAAAAAAGUCGUGGGCGAGGCCGGGUGGGAUAGUAUCCAUGUGUUGGAGGUGCAAGAGGCGGCGACGAAGCGCAAGGCACAUUAUAAAUUGACGUCGACGGUCAUUUUGGAUUUGGGCGUCAAAGGAGGAGCGGGAGUGGAUUCGUUGGAGUUGGCGGGGAACUUGACGCGGCAGCAGCAGAAUGAAUUGGCGUUGCAGGGUAUCAGUGAUGGGCAGAUUGAGACGAGUCAUGUCGGCAAUAUCGGACGCAUGGUGGAGGAGAUGGAGACCAAGAUGCGCAAUCUGUUGCAGGAGGUCUACUUUGGCAAGGCCAGGGAUGUCGUGGGAGAUUUGCGGAGUAUGCGCAGCUUGAGCGAUGUCGAGGGCGAUCGGAGGCAGCAGAGGGAAGUCAUGAGUAAGAUUUCGAGGUAG